CGCGUUUUCAGCGCCUACAGAAGUAAAAGUAAUCAAGAUGAUCUACACUGAUCUGGUCCCUUAUUAUAAGUAGACAUGCCUUGGCUAGCUCUCUUCUUCGACACAACACUCGAUCGGCAACAAAAUGGAAACGUCCUCUUCACCUUCAAAAUCACUCCCAUUCUUCUUCUUCUUCUUCCUCAUCUUUCCCUUUAUAGCUGAAGCUAGUGUUCCCCCUUCCAAAACAUUCAAAUUCGUCAAUCAAGGUGAUCUGGGUGAAUUUUCUGUAGAGUACCUUGCAGACUAUCGCCCCUUGAGCAUUGUUCAAUUCCCGUUCACUCUUUGCUUCUACAACACCACCCCUAAUGCCUUCACCCUUGCCUUGCGAAUGGGUGAUCGACACACCGAGUCGAUCAUGCGUUGGGUUUGGGAGGCCAACCGUGGAAACCCAGUUGGCGAGAAUGCUACUCUAACGUUUGGCCGCGAUGGCAACCUCAUCCUAGCCCACGCCGAUGGCCGGGUGGCUUGGCAGACUGGCACCGCCAACAGGGGUGUCACUGGCCUCAAGCUGCUCCCAAAUGGUAACUUGGUCCUGCAUGACAAGCGAGGUGGGUUCGUCUGGCAGAGCUUUGACCACCCAACCGACACGCUUUUAGUAGGUCAGUCGCUGCUCCUCGGCGGUCCCACCAAGCUUGUUAGUCGCGUCUCCGCCAAGGAUGGCUCUGAAGGACCUUACAGCUAUGGCAUGGAGGGCAGACGGCUGGUUAUGUACUACAAGAGUAAGAAUUCCGGCAAGCCCUUGCUAUACUACCAGUCGGACGAGUUUGGGGAUGGACGAGGCGCCUUGGCGCAUCUCAACUUCACAAGUGCUCCCGAGUCGGACACAGCCUUUGCUUUUGAGUUGAAAUAUGGGUUCGACAUGAUCAACUCCCCCAGCUUUGGUACUUUCAUCUUGUCCAGACCCAAAUACAACACCACCUACUCAUUUCUUCGAGUUGGGUUUGAUGGAAACCUCAGGAUCUACACCUUCUACGACAAGGUGGAUUGGGGUCCAUGGGAAGUGACAUAUACCCUCUUCGGCAGAGACGAGGGGGAUGAGAGUGAGUGCAGGAUCCCGACGAGGUGUGGAUCAAUGGGAGUUUGCGAGGACGAUCAAUGUGUGGCUUGUCCAAGGCCACAGGGCUUCUUGGGUUGGAGCGCCAAGGAUUGUGCACCUCCAACGCUCCUUCCUUGCAAAGGCGGGGCCAAUGUGGACUAUUACAAAGUUGUGGGCGUUGAGCAUUUCAUGAACGCAUACACAGAGGGAGAUGGCCCCAUGAGUGUUGCUCAGUGUAGAGAUAAGUGUAACAAGGACUGUGGGUGCUUAGGCUUCUUUUACAGGGAAGAAUCGUCCAAGUGUUUGCUGGCUCCUGAACUAGGCACCAUGACUAAGGUGUCCAAUACCCAUCAUGUAGCCUUCAUCAAGAUUUCCAAGUAGACAUUGCUCCAAGGAUUAUAUUUCGACUUUGGAUCUGGGUUCCCAGUAAUAAAGGCUAAGAAUAAGCCAUGCAACUCGAUCUGUGGCAGCUUACAGCUACAGUUCUCAGUUAAUUUAAUACUUUUUCAUACACAAUGUAUCCUAAAUAAAUCUUGCUGUUAUUGCUUCCAUCAUCUACCAGCAGGUAUCGUUUCUGAUCAA